UAGGCUAAUCAAAUCACAGCAUUAUUGUUAUUAUUUGCCUUUCAUACAUUUGGACAUAAUGAGCAAUAGAGAAAGAUAUUGAUCUGCAAAAUAAUGCAGUUAAACAUGCAACACAGUUGCCACUACAGCAAUUCCUCACAGAAUUGAACUUGCUAUAAUAAGCCACACACCUGCGUUUACUAUCAGCUAUUUCUGACUGCAUGGGAUUGCAGGUGACGUCACUCUUUAAAGCUGACAUCACACAGUGGGUAGAGGAGCUGUGGGUUUCUAUAAAAGCAGUGACACCUAUGAGAUGCGCGUAAACGUAAGAGGUAAACCGCGAGUCCGUUCAUUAGGCUAAUUAUUGAGUGAAUCCAAGCACUUAUGAAAAAGCAAAGUGUAGACUUUCAGUUUGUGGAAGCACUUGUCAACCUAUCAGAAAUGAAUGAUUCACUGCUGAACGUGGGUUUGAAUGUGUCAGAAGCCAACAGCUCGUCUCAUGCCUUGAGUCUGGACUAUCGCUCUCUCAUCACUUCGGCCACUAUGUUUGGCGUCGGGGUCCUCGGAAACCUCGUGGCGAUCGUGGUGCUUUGCAUCUCCAAAAAGGAGCAGAAGGAGACCACCUUCUACACUCUGGUGUGCGGGAUGGCCAUCACGGACUUGCUGGGCACCUGUUUCACUAGUCCGGUGGUCAUCGCCACAUACAUCGUGGGCAGGUGGCCAGGCGGAGCGCUCCUGUGCCAUUUCUUCUCCUUCUCCAUGCUGUUCUUCGGAUCGGCUGGCAUGUCUAUUCUGUGCGCAAUGUCAGUGGAGAGAUAUCUGGCCAUAAACCACGCGUACUUCUACUCGCAGCAUGUGGACCGGGCUAUGGCUCGGUUCGCGCUGAUGGCGACGUACCUGGCGAAUAUCGUGCUGUGCAUCUUGCCCAGUUUUGGUUUCGGAAAGCACACGAGACACUUUCCCGGAACUUGGUGCUUCUUGGACUGGCGCGCCAUGGACUCCGUCGGCGCUUCGUACACGUUUCUGUACGGAGGUUUCAUGCUGCUGUUGAUCGCCGUUACCGUCAUGUGUAAUUUUGCCGUGUGUCGUUCACUGGUCGGGAUGAGUAAAAUGAGUCGCAUGGUGAGGGCAGAGGUAUCCGGACACACAGGCUCCAGGCGCAGCUUCAGAUUAACAUCUGCAGCGGAGAUCCAGAUGUUCUGGCUGUUAAUUUUCAUGACCAUCGUGUUCCUGAUAUGCUCCAUCCCUUUAGUGGUGCGCAUCUUUGUCAACCAGCUGUACGAUCCGGCUUACAUAUCAUCAGGCAAAAGUCCAGACUAUCGCAGUGAUCUCCUGGCCAUUAGAUUCGCCUCCUUCAACCCUAUCCUGGAUCCAUGGGUGUAUAUUCUGUGCAGGAAAAACCUAUUAACCAAGGGUUGCACACGACUCAAACGUAAUAUUAGACUGAGGAAAGGGGAUCAUAGUCGUGUUUUGGGUUGGAUGGAUGGUCAGCACUCACCUCCGUCAUUUGCUCAAAGCAAUUGCACAAGUUAUGCGUCAUUGCGCACGGCCAUCUGUAGAAAUGACGUAGGUAAACAGACCAGCACGAACACUAAAUCUUAUGUGGACUUAACCCUUCGCCAGGCAUGGGACUUUGAUACAGCUCUGGCUGAGUUUCAUCCCUUCAGCGUCGAGCAAAACGGUGUCAUGGGGUUUGAUGAAGAUGAAGGAGAAUCAAGCCCCACACUCCUUGCCAAGACUGCUGUGGCACUACCAAACACUCAAAUAUUAGAAAAUAAGGCUGAAAUAGUAACCUACACUUUCAGUACACCUAGUUCAUGUGUAUCAGAAAAGUGCCUGAGACAGUGACCUAGAUGCCAAUCUAGAUUUAUUCUUUAAAGCACUGUGAGAAAAAAAAGACUUGUUCUUUUGUCUGUGUUAGUUUACAUUCACUAAUAAUUCUGUGAAUUUGCUUUAUUUAGGAAUCUGGAAUGAUCCAACUUUAGGAUUAAACCAUAAGAGGAGGCACUACGUUUAGUCAGAUAACAUGGGUGUGUUUUAUGUGUGGAUAUGGAUAUGUUGCUUCCUUCUACCGUGCUGUGCCAUGCUACAUGCUGGGUUGUACUUGACUGUGACUUGUAAAACUGUGAAUAAUUUAUUAA